AUGACUUCAACCAGAGACAUGGCUAGAACAGCAAUCAUUUUAUGGGCAGUCUGCUUGUUCACCAAUUCUGAUGGAAAAGCCAUGAUGAAGAGGUCUGUGAGUGAAGUGCAGAUUAUGCAUGAUUUGGGGGAGCACCUUCAUUCUGCGGACAGGCAAAACUGGCUCCUUGAGAAACUACAGACUAUACACCAUGAUGGGCAGCCUGCUGAAGCAGCAGCAGCGGAUGCUAAACCUCGUGAAGCCAGGAGCUGGAGGCUGAUGCCUGAUCACUUGCAGACAAAGAUGCAGAAGAAGCAAAAGGACUGGAGCAAAGCGUACAGGGGUGUCACAUUUAAAACAAAGCCCCAGUGA